CAAAUGUAAAUGAAAAAAAACAACAACUAGUGAACAUGUAAACUUGUGUCACAGAGUGGGCAUUUAAAUUAAAAAAUCCCAGCAGACAUCUCGUAAGAAGCGUAGCCACUGCAUGGGCUGCGUUCAGAAAGGAGGAAAUUACAUCAAGGCUGGCUGGGAUGCUCACAAGUCUCAACUGGAGGCUACUGAGCAGGAAUAUGAUUGCAUGAGAGAGGGGAACUAUUAUUAUUAAAAACGAGAAGACCACCAAACUAAGACCGCCUUCACCCCGUGAGGAAAGCUGAGGAGAGAGCGAACAGGAAGUCUUUUCCCCUCAGGAGGAAGCCCAAGUCUGGUUGCUGCAAAAGCAGCCGACCCUGUGGCUUCUGUCGGGAAGGAAUGCGCGCGCCGGAGACACACAGACGCUUCGCGUACUGUACAGAGGAUCACCCUCCACUCUCUCACACCCUCUCACUCACCCAUUGAGUAUCAUUUCCUCCUCCCUCUCUUUCUUUCUCUCCCUCUCUCUCUCACACACACUCACACACAUACACUUUCAGUUGCUGCGCUCCUACGGAUGGGAAAACACUGCCAAAGAGGACUAAGGGGUGAGAAGAGUGUGUUUCUUCUCCUCUUCUCCACUCUGGUGUGUUUUCUGGCGUUCUCUUAUGAGCUGUUAAUUUCAGCCCCACACCCGAGGAUGAGGAGGAUCUAUUUGUGAGGAAGACACAGCAAAAGAAGAGGAAACAAGAAGCAACAGGGUGGCCAAUUCUGCGAGUGGCUGAGGAUCUUUUUUUUUUUUUUUCCCCUCUAGGAUCGAGCAAGGAGUCCUGUCUCCCAGCAGCAGCCAUGUGAGAGGAGCUGUCAGCAUGCAGAGGAUGCCCACAUCCAGCUAAAACAGAGCGGUCCUCCCCCUCCCCCAUCCUCCCCACCUGCUCCCAUCCUCCUUCCCGUAUGAGGACAAGAAGAUGACUAUCACCAGCCGGCAGUCCUUUAAUGUCCUGACGGUCAUCUUCCUCCUGCUGUCCACUGCAGCUCUCUCGGCUCAUUACCGGGUGUGCGAACCAUACUUCGACCAUAAAGGGCGGUACCACUUUGGAUUCCACUGCCCGCGCCUCUCAGACAACAAGACCUACAUGUUCUGCUGUCACCACAACAACACGGCCUUCAAGUACUGCUGCAACGACACCGAGUUUCAGACGGUCAUGCAGGUCAACCUCACCACCACCUCAGACGGUUACGCACACAAUAAUUACACAGCCCUGGUCGGCGUGUGGAUCUACGGCUUCUUCGUCAUGGUGCUGCUGGCCCUGGACUUCCUCUACUACUCAGCCAUAAACUACGAGCUGUGCCGGAUCUACCUGGAGAAGUGGGGUCUGGGCGGCCGCUGGCUGAAGAAGGCCCGGAACCAGUGGCACCGGUCCAUGCCCGAGGAGAGCGAGGUCCAGGCCCAAGCCCAGCCCAUGGUCCCCAGCAGCCACUACCAACCCAGACACAGCCUCAGAGGAGAGAGCCACAGCCCGACGCUCCUGCCCUACAACACGUCCACCGCAUGAAAAAUGCUGCGUGCUGAGUGGACAAACUGAAGAGUAGCAACACCUGGAUUCCUUAUACAGAACAGAGGAGAUGUCCCAGAACCCCUUCUGCGGCGUGGACUGCAGAAACGUCACCCACCUUCGGCCUGGCCAUACUGUAGUAGUUUGUAGUGACUACUGCCAACACGUAAAAAGAGCACAAACACCCGAGGAUGGACAGAAGCAGGUUUUGUUUUGUUUUUUAGGAAGAGAUGAUCAAAGAGGACUCUUUCAGCUGCAGCCUCAGCAGAGGAGAGACGGGUUCAUUUUAAUGCUCAGAGGGUUUUUGGUGAUCCUUUAAAAGCAGCCGGCGCGGCCCGGAGCGAUGAACUGGAAACCCGAAACCCCCGCCGGCCUCCAGUCACAGCUCCUCUUUCUACAGUAGAUUUAAGAUGUUUAUCUCACCGCUGUGUCACCUUGUGUUCAGUAGCAGUUAGACACAGUCGUGGAUUAUCUAUUUGGUGAAUUAUUUAUGUGAACUAGUAGGAUAAUUUCUAUGAGUGGCUAACUUUCUGAACAUAUAACAGCUUAGGUUGAUGCUAAGCAUCUCACUUAGAAUUUUUUUUGUUUAGUUUCUUUUUUUUUUGUUAAAACCAGACGAACGUGUUCUCAGUGAUGCUAAAAAAAAACAAAAAAACAAACAUCUUAUAAGAAAAUGUUUUAACUCCUCCGUGACAAAGACACAGUAUCACACAGUUUGUCCUCUGGUGGUUUCAUGGUCCUGACAUGAAGUCCUCCAAAGGUUCUGUCUCUUCACCCAGAACAUUAUUGAGGAUCAGGGAUGGCUUCGCAGCAGCAGGAAGCUUUAUGCCAAGUUAAACACAUCCACAAUCCUUGGUGACAAGCCUUCAGACCAACAACAAAGCCAGGCCGAUACUUUUAAGGUUAGUUUGUAAUAUUACAACUCGUCUGAAGCUGUGCAGGCGGCAGCUUCAUUAGCAAUAUGAUGCAAUUGAUAAACCGUAAGCUCCUUUGUAAGGAGCACUCUGUAUCCUGUGCUGGUAAUUGAUAAUUGUAAGAAAUUAGCCAUGACUUAAAAAGAAAAAAAAGAAAGAAAGAAAUCCAUCCAGGCCUGUCAACACUGGCAGCAAUAAUGUACAGCAGCCUAAUCAGAAAGAUGAACUGGUGCCAUGAAUCCAGUAGGUUCUGACUGGGGAAAUCACCCAAACGCCUCACCGCAGACCGCGUAUGCUUAGAGGAGAAGGAGGAGAAAAGGACGUGUUCGAGUUUCAGAGUAAAGGACUCGUGAGAAGGUCUCCAAAGAUUUCUGUGUCAGCUUGGUAGGAGCUAAAUUAUCACCGCUUUGUGGAAGGAAACUGCACUGGAGAGUUGCAUCCAAUCAGAGCUUUCAGACUUAAGUUACUUACUGGAAAGUAUGAGUCAAAAUGCCCUCCAUUAUGUUCAAGUCUCUUUUUUUUUUUGGUUUU